AUGGCGUCUGAAUCAGGACGUAUUCAAGUCCGUAAAAAUGAGGUGAGAACUAACGAUUUUUUCAGUUUUUUAACUAGCCAUGAUGUUGUUUUUAUUUUGUAAGACGAAAUGUUUUCGAGAGCUUAAAAACAACUUAAUCUUUCCAUUCAUCAAACGUUAUGACAUCAGUCACGUUUUCAUUCACAACUCAAAAUGUGUAAAUGGAAAGUCUUAUUGUCAUUUACGUGCAUGCAUGCUCUGUUUCUCUGUUUUCUCUCAUUUUAAGAUCGUUUGGAAUGAAAGCCUAUUUUAGGGGAAACGGAAAGUUUGGGGCAGUCUAGCUUCACAUGUUUUGUAGUUACGCGGAAACAAAAUAAGUUGACUUCCCUGUAAAACCAGUGCCCACACUUCACUCUUUGUUCAUAAACAGCACGCGUGGCCCAUUUCGAUUUUAAUAAACUUGAUGUUCAUGUAUGGUAAAAGACCGAGGCUUUUCACAUUUUUUAGAUAAUUUAAUUACACUGAACUGUCAUUUGUCCAUGUAAUAAAUUUUCAAAAACAUCUACAGUAAUAUACGUACAUUUAGAGUAUUGUUCGAUAUUACAAGCGAUAUUAUAGACAUUUAUCGAAGUAAAAGGGAAAAAGUGUAAGUGGUUAUCUCAUAUGCAUGUAACCCGCAAAUUCAUGACGUUGAUUCAGAAUUUGUAAAGUACAGGAAAAACAAUAUUUAUGAGGAAAAUUGUAAAGCCUCAGCACCUUAUCAGCAAGCUUUGUAUUAUACUAUCACAGCGAACAACUAUUGAAAGAAUUAUUUAAACAGCUUAUUAUUUGAUGCUGUUUUUAAGAAAAAAAAACCAGCUCAGAUUUUUAUCAUACAAUGGAGACAUGAAGGUUCACACUUAAGGGUUUUAUAUUGUAUUUACUUUACCAAUUUUCAUUUUCUUAACUUCCUGAACAGCUUAGAGUUGCUUGCUACAUAACCUGACCCUAUGGACAGCUGCUUAGUAUGUUUGAGCAUACCUGUUCUGUUCCUUUUCAUAGGUUUUACUUCUUAAGAAUGGCCAACCCAUCCUUAGAGUUGAGCGAGGGACAACUUUGAGUGUCAUCAAAUUGCUCUAUCAAGCUGACCCUAGAAACAAGGGAACCGUGAUAGGUUUGAGGCCAGAAACAGAUGAACCAUUACCAUGUGUGCUGACACUAGAUCAUUCUCCACUAGAAGAAGCAAAAUAUGAAUUGAUAACUCAUGGUAAGGGGAACUAUCAUCAGUCUAUUGCUGUUUCAGGUCAAUUCUGUUCUGAAACAAUUUAAACUGGCACCUUUACCCAUACUUAAAAUGCUGCGUGCACACUAACAACUGUAAUUUUUUGGUGGUUUUUGCAGGCAUGACAUUAAUUUCCAAUAUCCACACCCAUUCUUACCAUCCAUUGCAACAGACAACAGUUUCAAGGCUUAAAUGUAGUCUUGAGUAACAACACUGGACCAUUAUGAAAAAUUUCAGCAAAUAGCCUGGCAUAGCCCCUUUUAAAGUGCCUUUGUUUCAAAGGAGAGUGAAGAAAAGUGUGGAUUUGACAAGAAUCAUUUUUGUUACUGACAUAUAGAUCACUAACAUGAAUCUCAUCUUACUUUAAUUCAGAAACAUCCUCACAAAGUUCCAGUCACCCAGCCAGUAAAGAAGAAGUUGUCACCGGGGCAUUUCAUGAUGGAAAUUCUUCAAAUCUUUCAAACUCAUUUUAUUCCCAAGCAUCAAUCCACUCUUCAUACGAAACAUCGUCAGCUUUACCACAGAUGGUACACACAAAUCAUGGAACUCCUCUAACAGUCAAUAUAUCACCAGAAAGUAACCCUAAAAAAAGCUUAGUUUAUCAAAGAGAGAGCAAUGGCAGCUCACUGCUUGUAGCCAGAAGUGACAAUGAUCAUUUACCUUCUCAUUUAAGCAUCUUUGCAUCGUCACGCAGGAAGAAAACAACCUCUCGCAAAUCAGUUAUCCCCCGUAAAGUUUCUCCUUCUUCUAGCCCUAAUCCAAUCCUAGCUAAUAAAUCCAUUCACAGAAUACCUUUUCAAAGAGAAAACGGCACUAACUUAAGAGAUGAACAAUUAGGAGACAAAAGGGCGAGAUUUGGUGAACAUGGUGACUCGCCUGGCUUAUGUGAUAGCACAGAAAAUGGGAAUCCUACAUUACACAUGGAGGAGACAGAUAACAUGGACUUGUCAGCAGCUCAACACAGAGAAAAUGGGGGAAGUGCUGCUGCAGCCUCCUAUUCAGUGGAAGAUGCGACUGGUAUUUCUAAUUUUCCAAACUUGGAAAGUUCCUCAACUAAUGGUUCAAGUCCUGCUGUUAGUGAUGACCAUCCAGUCAUCAUUGAUGUGCAUAGUGACUCAAGGGAAACUAGUGGAGGAGAAAAUGAUUCUGAUUCAAACUUUGUAAGUUUAGAGAAUAGUCCUUCACACAAUCAUCCAAGUAUUGCCCAGAGUUCACGUGGUAACAUUAAGGAAGUUUUACCUAGAGCUAACGAAGAAGCACUCUCUUCACACACAUCACCAGUCGUGUUGCUGCAAAGCACAGUUUUGGUUAAAACAGAACCUAAUGAAUUCCUGCCAACAACAGAUAGUCACUCUUCAGAGCAGAAUAAUAGAAUACAUUUACUUCACCCUAAUGAAAAAAAUGACUAUUCUGAAAAUUGUGGCAUGGUGCGCAGGAUUCCUACUGACAGCUACUCAGUUGUUUUGCCUACUAGCUCACAGGAUACCCAUCCCAGCUCACUGCCAGGUCAUCAGGAGCCUCCUGUGAUGCCACGGGUUGUAAAUGUUGUUGGUUCAUCUCCAGAUCAUAGUGAAUCAACAGAGGAGUCUCAUUCUCAACCCACUGAUGACUACAUGUUACCUAAAGCAUACAGCUGUGAUAUCUGCCAUAAGCGGUUUGACUCAGCCAACUCUAUGAUGCGUCAUAAGCGCUCUCACAGUGGAGAUCGGCCCUAUAUUUGCAAAAUCUGUGGAUGGGGUUUUAAUUUGAGUGGCAAUCUUAACCAGCAUCUGGCUAUUCAUCAAAAGGUAAAGCCAUUCAAGUGUGUCUAUUGUGGAAAGACUUUCGCACGGUCAAAUGUCCUGAAGGCACAUGUUCGUUGCCAUACUGGCGAGCGUCCAUACCAGUGCCAACUUUGUGGCAGCAAAUUUAUUAUUGGACACAAUCUAAAGAAACAUAUGUUGACACGACAUGGUAUAAAGGAAGAUGGCCCAGAGGAAGUAGGAUCUCACAAUGGAGAGAAUCAGAAUGAAAGCACAAGUGUCCCUGAAUUGUCUCAAGCAUAUACAUAA